AAAACAAUUUGUGAUUGUGUGUUGCGUCAAAAAAUUGUAUUUUAAUUUUUACUUUUUACGUUAUCUUGUGGUUUGAAAUAGCUAGACUAGAGUGCAGUGUAGUAAGAACUAAAAACGAAGCAAAUAGGAAUUAGUUGUGAAACUGAAUGGUUAUUAAUUCAUUAGUUCUUCACAAUGACAACAAUCUACCUUGCAAGGAAAUUUUUAACAGCCACUACAACUCAACUAGAAAUGGUUCAAUUACUAAAAAAACGAAACAAACAAGAAAUGGCUGAAACCAAGAAAUCUUUACGAAAAAUUUAUAAAAAUGUAAUAAAAAAUUGUAGACUAUGCCUCAGGCCUGCAGAAACUAAUAUUUUCAAUAACAAGGCAGGUGUAAAUUAUGCAGAAGAUAUAAAACAAUUUUUGGAUGUUGAGGUGGGCCACGGUGACGGCCGGCCGCAGUACAUUUGUGUGGCGUGUGUGAGCACGCUGCGUGACAUUGCUCAGUUGAAACAAACGGCCCAGGUGUCACAGUGGAGACUCCAACAAGAAGCUGCACUGUGUAAAUUGUCAAAAAGAUUUUACAAUGACUUUGUUGAAUGUAACGGUUCUAUCGCAAAAAGAAGUCUGUCUUCUGUCAAAGAAGAAAUAGACUGUCACAAUGAAAAUGAUGUGCAAUGGGAACAGUAUAAAAAGACUAUUAAAACCACCAAAAAUGACAGAGGGCUUUGCCACAGUAAAGUCAAAGUAAAGAAGAGAGCGAGGCGUGCCAUCGUUCCGUGUGUGUGUGAGGUCUGUGGUCUGAAACUCAAAAGACGGGAAAACUUGAAAUCUCACAUGCUGGUGCACUCGAGCGCGUUCAACUUCCCGUGCGAGGCGUGCCCGUACCGCGCGCGCACCGGCGCGGCGCUGGCCAUGCACCGGCGCCGCCACUCCGGCGCGCGCCCCUUCCGCUGCCCGCACGCGGCCUGCGCCAAGGCCUUCCGCAGCGCCUCCAACCUCGCCUCGCACCGCCGCACGCACCUGCCGCCGCCGCACGCCUGCCAGCACUGCUCCAGGAGCUUCCGCUUCAGACAGAUAUUAGAGCAUCACGUAGCAACACAACACAGCAAUGCAAAGCCUUUCAGCUGUUCUCAGUGUGGAAAGUCUUUUGCAACUCGAAAAAUACUCCUCUGUCACGAGCGCAAGGUCCACAAGCGACCCUGCAUGAGGAUCGGCACCACGCCCAGCUACAUCACGGCUCAGGAGCACUCUCAGAAACUAUUACAACAAUCAUAGAAUUAAAUAUAUGCACUUUAGACCACUUUA